AUGUUAAGGUGGUCGUUAAAGUUAGGCGCUUACCAGUACGAGAUUAAAUUCCGAGAAGGGAAACAUCACCAGAAUGCAGAUGCAUUGAGCCGGUUACCUUUAAAUGAUGUAAAGCUACAAAUACCGGAAAUACCUGAAAUAUUAUACUGCAAUGAGGCUGAGGAACAGUUUUUAAUCACUGCGAAAGAAAUUGCACAAGCAACCAGAAGAGAUCCAAUACUAUCAAAAGUAAUGUGGCAUAUCCAAAGGAAAGAUACAGUUUUGCCAUAUAAAUCAAUCCAGUUUAAACCGUUUGUGAAUAAAAUCCAGGAACUAUCAGUGAAUGCACAAUGUUUGUUAUGGGGAGCCAGGGUAAUAAUACCAGCAACACUACGUCCCAGAAUACUUGAGAUGUUGCACGAAGUUCAUCAAGGCAUGUCGGCAAUGAAAGCAGUUGCGCGAAGCUAUUUUUGGUGGCCUGGUUUAGAUGAAGAUAUAGAAAUGUUAGCCAGACGUUGUGAAAAGUGUGCAUGUAACAAAAAGAAUCCUCCAGUAGCAGCAGGUAAACCAUGGCCAGCAACGCUAAGGCCAUGGUCACGGUUACAUAUUGAUUAUGCGGGACCCUUUAUGGGUACAAAUUUUUUUAUCGUCGUAGAUGCUCAUAGCAAGUGGGUAGAGGUAAAAAUAACCAGUAAAAUAAAUGCGAUUAGAACAAUCGAGUUAAUGAGAGAAAUAUUUGCAACACAUGGUAUACCAGAUACCAUUGUGUCCGAUAAUGGGCGAACGUUUGUGUCAGAAGAAUUUGAGAAAUAUUUAAAACUUAGCGGUAUAAAGCACAUACGUACGGCACCGUAUCAUCCAUCGUCAAACGGGCAAGCAGAAAGGUUUGUACAAACCAUUAAGAAUCACCUUAAGAAAAUGCAGUCUUCAGACAUCAGUAAGAAUUUGGCAAAUAUACUUUUGCAUCUGCGUACAACUCCUAAUGCAAAUUCAAAUUUGAGUCCAGCAGAAAUCUUGAUGGGAAGGAAGUUGAAAACAUUGUUAGAUCAUUUGCACCCCAGUGAUCACAACACUCAGAAGCAGCUAAAUUCUGAUGAGUAUUCCAAACAAAUAAAACCAGUUCGCAGUUUCCAGUGUGGUGAAAGUGUUUGGUACCGAAAUUUUGGAAGAGGUGAAAAGUGGAUGCCAGGGAUUAUACAAUCAACAGGAGAUCGCAACUACAAAAUUCAAUCAAAUAGUGACAUAUUGUCGAGACAUAUUGACCAGUUGCAUAAGCGAGUUUCGGAGACACCGACAAGGUUAGAAUCCAAUAUAACUCCAGUAGCAGUAACUUCAGUGGCACAACCGGAAGAGCAAGACGACCAAGUAAGUGCAGGUCAGUCAUCAAAUGAAUAUAUCCUGCCAGAUAGUCAAGUAGAGGGGUCAUUAGAAGAAAAAGAUAAAAGAGAUGAAACAUUAAAAUCGCGACCGUACCGGCAGAGGCAACCGCCAAAAAGGUUACGGGACUAUUUGAUGGGGGAGGAACUGUAG